CGCUGGCUUUCCGCAACGGCCGAACUGCGGCUGCAAGAUCUAGAAGUGUGCGAUUGUGCGGAGAGAGAGCACUAGAACGCUCCGAAAUAAAGCCCGCGCGAACGACGAAAGGACGUGCGUAUUAUGCGCUGGAAGCCGGCCGUCAUUCGAGUCUGCCGCACUAGUCGUCUCGUCGAGUGAACACUCGGACAGAUAACGAGAGGAAAUAGCAGAGUAUUACUCACAUUAUCGGACGCGCUGCCGGCGGCGAGGUUACGCGCGCGCGCGCGAGACAUAGAGGAGAGCACCUCAACCCCGCGCGCGCCUUUUGCUUCCGCCUCGGAGCUGCGGACAGCUAGGCUCUGGUAGGAAUCGACGAACCCGCACUUGUGUACGCUCAUCCACGCCAAGAUGCUCCGGACGAAGAAGGAAGUCGACCGCCACGUGCAGGACAUCUUCCGCAAACUACAGGACGAGACCGAGAGAACCUUGAGGUGUUACAAAAUAGCUGAACUCUACUACAAUGUUGGUGACUACGAAUCUGCUAGACGCUACCUUUCUCGAUAUGUCGAGUUUCGCACAGAGGCAAAGGGACACAAACUCAUGGGCCAGAUACUCGAGGCUCUGGGACAAAAGGAAGCAGCGGUUGUUCAGUACAAGCGUGCUUUUGAGCUCGAGCCAAGACAAGAAGAGCUUAUUCUAAAAGUGUGUCAACUGCUGGCUGAUCCAGAAGUUGGAAUUGAUGUUAACCGUGCUAAAUACUGGGUCGAUAGAGCUGACAAACUCUUUCCUCCUCACAAGUCAGUUUUCCAGCUGAAGGAGAAAAUCUUAUCAAUAGAAAGACCCACAAAUAAUGAACAAGAUCUUGAGAACCUCAUCACUGCCGAAUUAGCCACACGACCAACAGAUGUCCAUCUCCGUGUAAAACUUAUAAAGCAUUACAUGGAAAGAAGCAAACUUGAUGAAGCUUAUAAACAUGCUACAGACAUUGAAGCAUCUAGCAUUCACAGAGACAGUGUGAUCUGGUAUCAAGUACUGUGUGAAUUAUUUCUCAAGUGCAAAUACAAUCAUCAGACAAUGUGGUCAUUUUGGAUUUCAUACAUUUCUGCACUGGAGCGUUAUGCCGCCUUAUCACUCAAAGAACAAGGCAGCUCAGUCAGAAAAACUUCUGAAGCCAUUCAAGCUGUUUAUAACUUUGAUCAACAUCUUUUUGAGGCCAAAGGUCAGAGUUUUUCGAGUUACCCGUCCUUGACCGAAAGCAUUUUCGUGCACAUGUGGGGUCAGCUGCACUUUCAUUUGGCUUGCUUGCUCAUACAAAACACCCAGCGCGAGCAAGGCAGCUGGAGCGAAGCGGGUCGUUUGUGCGCACCCUUGCUGCUCACCGCCAUGCACGUCAAACCCAUCGACUUGACGGCUUCUUGGGCUACUCAUCUCGAGGCACCUCUGAAAAAUCAGCUGCAAAUUUGGUAUCGCGAGGGAUCGUAUCGCUGCAGUCAAGCUGGUCACGUACUCCACGACUACGCUAGAGGCAAUCAAAAGAAACUUAUCAGUAAUAUAGAGAAGUUUUGUAGCGGCUCUUGGAGAGAACGAGUUUACCAGAGAAUUUUUGUGGGUAAAAUCUAUCAAAAAAUUCGUAGCUCAUAUUUCACGAACAACAAUGCAACGACUCCUCCAUUCCGACUUGUCUCGCACAAUGAAUUGAAAAGAUUUGACGAAGUUGCUGAAGAAGUAUGGCCGUAUUCCCUUCAUCACCAAGUCUGGCCGGCUAUAAAGUCACGCAAUAGCAACAGUAACAGUAGUAGUUUGCACUCAAGCAGAUACGAAGGGCCUCAGCCAAAUUUGACCUCCCACUUGUUCCCAGAUUUACAAUUCUCUGUUUACAAUCUUAGCCAAGCUUCACCUGUUACCCUGAGUCACCUAGAUGUCGAUGCUUUUCUAAAUGCAGCAGCCUUGUGCGCAACGGCGGUUGUUGAAGAACAACAGCGGAACACACUUUGGAAUUCUGACCGACUACCAACUUUACCAGCAGAUUUAACCAACCCGCUGUGUUCUGAUGAACAAGAAAAAUGGUGGCGUGCUGCUUACAAAAUGUAUCGUAAAGAGACUAUAGACGAUAUUGGCGAUACCAGACAAUGCUUGCAGCGGGGGUUAGAAGUUGUGCGUUGCAUUGGCAAUCACGGUUUACAUUCUUCCGUUUUAGUUCACUUAGCUAGGAUCUUCCAUUACAGGGCAAAACAAUUAAAGGAGAAAAAUAGAGAAAGCAGCGACAUUCCUGCCUUAGAGGCUCGCUCGGAAAUGUACUGGUCUGCUGCGGUUCCUUUACUUGAAAGACUGCAAAAUAAUCAGGCGAUUCGCUCGUCGCAUGUAAAAUUAUUUGACUACAUAGGAAAAGACAUGAAUAAUAUGGAAUUAACACAUGCAAUUGAAGAAGGCAAAAUAUUGUUGGCACAGAAACUUGUCAGAGACAAACUUUAUGAGCAAGCAAUAGAGGCUCUUCGAGCUUUAAAAUGCCCAGAAGCAUCAUUUGAACAGGGCAAGAUUUACAAAAUAAUGGCCGAUGAGACAAUGAGCAAUUUACCGAAGGAGAGUGUUACCUCGGAAAUGAGAUCUCAGCACAUCAUUAUUUUAUCGAAAGCCCGUAACUGUUUUUACCUCACUCUGGAUCGUUUACGCAGCCCGGACGCUGAUCCUAAACAUCCAUUAAAUUCAGAACUCGGUACUCACAUUACCGCAGUGGAGAACGAACUUAGAAGAAUCGAUCCAGACACUUUAUAUGCGGAUCGUAACCGUAACGAUUGCGAUGAUCUCUCUGAAGAAAGUUACUCAUCGGCACACAGUGAUGAGCAUCCUCUAGUAACUAAUUCCUUGCCAGUAAUGAAUAAUUCGUUGCAAACACCAAUGAGAAGCAUUCGUCGAACACCAAGACAAUCUAGUACACCUAGACAUCAGAAUCAAGAUAUGUUAGAUGUAUCCCGUAAUCGUAAUGAAGCACGACCAAGCCCUGAACGUCUCGAUGCACAAAUUCGCCAACUCGUUCACUCGGUCGAAUCAUUAACAGAGCAAAAUCGUGAACAGCACAGAGAUAUCAAAAUGAUAAUAUCAAAACUUGAUGAGCUUGAUAUCAAAAUUAGUGCUCGCAAGGAGAACACCAAACCGCGUCCUCAACCUCCAGUCAAUCAGAAUCCAGUCAAUCUAGAGGAUGAACUGUAUGGCUACAGUGAAGAAGAUUACAGAGACUAUGCUAACUACAGCAGUACCUCACUGCCAACUCCAGCCGCCAACCGCACCUCGGCUCUUGUGCAAAAUCUAUUCGCUGCCCAACGCCAUCCUUACUCACCACUCGUCUAUCCACCUCCUGCGGCCGCUGGAGCUCUUCCUGGCUACUGCUCAAACAAUGGUUUGCCCUACGAUGCAGCGACGGCCGCCGCAGUUGCAGCUGCGGGACAGCACUUACCCGGUUUCUAUUCUGCUGUGGCAGCCGCAUAUCCUAUUCCUUCACCCUACCGCGGAGGCUUGGAUUCCAUAUCACAAAUGCAGGAGAAUGUGCUGCAACACGGAAUAUUCGGUCAGCGAUUGGGUGGACAAUUGCCCGAUUACACGGCUAAUCAGCAUAUUGCACCCCCACAACAACAACAGUUACCAAAUCAAGUUAGACCUUCGCCAAACCAACUUGGACAUCAGAUGUUGCAAGAAUUGAGACCUACGCAGGUCAAUGACCCAGCCAAGAAUGAACCUAAGCUUGGCUAUGCUCCACCAAGCGAGCCAAGUGUAUCGGAGCCUGCGUAUUCAGUUCAGCCUAAAGACCCCAGUAACGUCAGUUCAACUACAACAUCAGCCGGUUCACGUAACGCAUUGCCUGCCAACGUUGUCAUGACCACCUCGGAUACCCUACCGACGACAGUUCCGUCUAUCCAUCCUACGUUCAGUGUCACGAUACCUGCUCAGCACAGAUUAGGAGUCUCACCUUCGCCGGCUGCCAACCAACAACCGCAUCAACAAUUUCAGGGUAACGAGCAAGUGCCCCACAGCUAUCAGAUAUCAAUGCCGUCGCAGCCGACAAUACCUACUACUGUCAUUCUGCCACCGCUUUCUGCUACCCUUACUAUAAGCUCGCCAAUCAUCAAGCCUCAGGAUAAUCAAAAUUCGAGCAUCGUGUCAACCGGUUCACGCCACAGCAGUUCCGAUGUGACAGAAGUUGAGCACGACCCGAUCCCCGAUUUCGCACCAAUUAUUCCUUUGCCGGAUGAAGUGCCGGUCACCACCGGUGAGGAGAACGAAGAGGAGCUUUACUGUGCUCGUGCCAAACUUUUCCGGUUUGUCGACAAAGAGUGGAAGGAGCGUGGAAUUGGUAACGUCAAGUUACUGAAGAAUACUGAGGGCAAAAUACGGCUGCUCAUGAGACGCGAGCAGGUCCUUAAGAUUUGUGCUAAUCACAUGCUCAGAAAGGACAUGGAACUAACAAUGAUGAAGAAUAAUGAAAAGGCAUACAUUUGGGUGGCUAAUGACUUCGCUGAUGAGGAGCUGAGGCUCGAAAAGCUUUGUAUUAGAUUCAAAACAGUAGAGGAAGCUGCUAGUUUUAAGGAGAACUUUGAUAAGGCCAAGAAUAGUUUACCUGAUGAGGAAGCUAAACCAGCCACAGAAACGAACACCGCGUCUAGCGGCACUGACAAGUCUUCAAUUAAACCGACAAAGCCCGACACAGUACCUUCUAACAAACCGGUAGAGAAGAUCGGUGGUUUCUCGUUUACUUCAUCGCCAAUCAUCCAGAAGGCGCCUAGUGCAGUCGAUACACCAGAACAAAAGAAGCCUGAAGAACAAGCCAAACCUAGCCCCUUCGCAUCUUUCUCGUUUGUCAAAUCGACCGAACCAGCAGCAACAGCAGCUAAAACUCCCACUACUGGAGGAUUCAGUUUCGGGAGUCCUGCGACACCAGGCACUCAGACACCCAUCUUUGGCCAAGAUCUUUCCAAGGCGACUCUCAGACGUCCUCUUGCUGCUGGACCUACUGAUCUGUCCAAAGGAAGUGAAGUGAGCCGCAUAGAAGAUGGUGAAAUCGUUAUUGCAGAACAAAAUAUCAACCUUAUGCACUAUACGAGUGAUAACAAAUUGUGGAAAGAGAAGGGCAUUGGAAUUAUUAAAGUUCUAUUUGAAAAAUCAACUGGUAGAGUUCGCCUUCUGAUGAACACGGAGGACAACUCAAAGACUAUUUACAAUCAAAUAGUACCACCAAGAACUGUAUUUAAUUUGAAAUCAGAUACCGUAAACUGGACAAUGGAAAAUGAGAAAAAUAAACCUGAUUCUUAUCUAGCACGAUUCAAAAAUUACGAUCAGGCCUCGCUAUUCCAAAAAUCUUUGAUGGGAUACUUGGAAAAAUCAGCAAAGCUAGCAAGCAGCAACAAAUCGACUAGCUCUAGCUCAUCUUCACAACAGAAACCUCUGUCGGAAAUGUUCAAGCCAGCUGCAGGUUCAUGGGAGUGCAAGGGUUGCUAUAUGCGCAACAGCGCUUCAGCCAAGAACUGCGUGGCUUGCCAAGCACCUUCUCCUUCUACUGAUGCAGCAGUGACAGCACCCGCGACUAGACCAACUAUUCAAACUGUCAGCAAAAACUUGUUUGAUCAGUUUAAACCAGCAGCUGGUUCAUGGGAAUGUAAGGACUGCUACACGCGUAAUGAUGCCGGUGUCACUAAGUGCGUAGCUUGCCAAGCCGCAGCACCAGGUCAACCGGCUACGGAAAUACCAGCGCCUGCCGUAACAACAUCUACAACUAGCAAACCCUUGUCGGAGUUGUUCAAGCCGGCGGCGGGUUCCUGGGAGUGCAAACAAUGUUAUGUUGUCAAUAGCCAGUCGAACCAAUAUUGUGCUGCCUGUGAUAAGGCCAAAGAUCCGUCCAUGCCACCCAAACCUAAGACUACUGGCGGAUUUCUGAUUAAUUCACAAGCACCUGAUACCAAGCCAACCUUCUCAUUCGGAAUUCCACAGGCCGCUCAACCAGCAGCAGCCAAACCAAGCGCAGGUUUCACUUUCAAUUUCGCAACCAAACCCGUUAGCGAGAAUGCCGUUUCUUCACCCAUCAACAUUUUCGCCAACAAAUCACCUAAUGCGAGCUUCCAAUUUGGCAUGCAACCUCCCAGCACACCGCCUAGUUCCGGAGGAGGAAAUUUUACUUUUGGUUCACCCGGCAAAUCCUUCGAUUUCCAGUUUCAAGCUAAGUCGCCGCCAGUCAAAUCACCCGAACGCCAUGAGACUAGUGACGAGGAUGUCGUCGAGGAAGCCGAGGACGUGUACUUUGCUCCCGUUAUACCCCUUCCUGAUAAAAUUGAAGUCAAGACUGGUGAAGAAAAUGAAGAUGUGUUGUACAGUCAUAGAGCAAAAUUGUUUAAAUUUGAUUCAGCUACCAAAGAGUGGAAAGAAAGAGGUUUGGGUGAUAUUAAGCUUUUGAGGCAUGUGGAAACAAAGAAGCUUAGGCUUGUCAUGAGGAGAGAUCAGGUAUUGAAAUUGUGCUUGAACCACGCGGUAACGCCAGCACUGGAAAUUUCAUCAAAGGAUGAUAAGACGUGGAUGUGGACAGCUGGUGAUUACAGUGAAGGAGAAAUCGAAUAUAUGCAAUUUGCUUGUCGAUUCAAGACGCCCGAAAUUGCUGCAGAUUUUAAGAAGGCCGUUGACAAUGCUUGCAGUGGUGUCGAGAACACUAGUACUGCUAGCACUAGCGCAGUUUCUAGUAUAACUACAGCUACCAAAAAAGACUCUUCUCCAGAUAUUGAGGUCGUUUAUGAGACCAAAGUUACUCCUGAUGAAAAAGCCGCAGCACUGAAACUGCAACUACCCGAGAACUUUUAUUCGUAUAAAUACAAAUCUGACUGCCCAGGCUGUAGAGGCUGCAAAGAUUCAGACGAGUCUCUCUUUAAGAACGACAAAACAAAGGCACAUCAACCAUCUGUGCAAGCAAAACCAAAUGCACCCAUCUUUGUCAAAGCGAAUGAUUCAGCCCCAGUAUCUGCGAGCGCAUCUGCUUUCGGAAACAUAUUCACCAAACCCGCAACCACCACCGCUUCGAUAACACAACCUGGUUCUGGACUUAAGAUGGCAUUCGGUACCUCAACCCCACCGAUUUUCGGAGGUGGUAAGAGCACUUUAGGGGAUGACAAUACAGCAAAGUCAACAAGUUUUGUCUUCGGCCUAUCAAACCCUAUAAUCUCCUCUGUUAAACCUGACUCUCAAGGCUCCACUGGUCUUGAAAAUUUGAAAAUCUGUGAGCCCACAGCAAAACCUCAAGUAUCUUCCACAACAACCGCCACCACUACUGCAAACAUAUUCGGUGGCUUUGGAGGUAGCUCGACUACUGCUGCUUCAACGAAACCUCCUUCUACUUCAAUCUUCAGUCCACCCGCAAAGAACAUCUUCGGUGAAUCCAAGCCGGUAUUUGGAGAAAGUAAGCCAAUCUUUGGAGAGUCUAAGCUUGCGUUUGGAGAGUCAAAACCUCUUACGAUGAACUCGGGCAUUUUUGGAGAAAGCAAACCCCCUGCAGCAAAUAUCUUUGGAGGUACAGCUGCACCAACUGCGGCUGUGACGGCCACGACAACCAGUAGUACCACUAACUCGAUAUUUGGUACAACCACAACGAUUACUUCAAUGUUUGGUGGAACAGCAAGUACUUUGCCAAGCUUUGGAGCACUUGCUAACCAGGGUAACACUACUGCGAACGGAGGUUUGUUUAGUUCGAGUACUUUUGGUAGUACCACACCUGCCCUUGACGCCAAAUCUACAACUGUAUCAGCACCAGCGUCCACGACGACUACUACAACAGUCGGUAGCACAAUAUUCGGUGGCAACGCUGCAACCCAGUUUACAUCCAAGUUAACUUUCGGUACUGGUGUAGCUCCGACCACUAAUGUUUUUGGCAACCUAAGUAGCGGCACUUCCAAUAUCUUCGGUGGAUCCAAACCUUCAACAGGAGAUAGCGAAUCGAAAAAGGAGAGCGCAGUCAAUUUUUUGCCUACUGAGAAUUCGCUGUCUUUCUCGACACUUGCGCAGAAUGUUCCAGCGGAACAGAAGCCAGCUUUUAAGACGGAUCCAAACUUUACGUUUGAAGGAGCAGGAGCUUCAGUAUUUGGUGUUAAAAAUGCUCAAAAGACCGGAGAUAAGACUAAAAAAACACCGAAUUCUAAGAAGGACAAAGCAAAAGAUGACGAUGACGAGGAUGGUGAUGAUGAAAAUGAGAAUGGAGAUGAACAUGAUCCAUACUUUGAGCCCAUUAUUCCUUUGCCAGAUGCUAUUGAAGUUCGAACCGGAGAAGAAGAUGAAGAGAAAGUGUUCUGUCACCGUGCUAAGCUCUACAGAUAUGACAACAAUACAAAAGAAUGGAAGGAGCGAGGCACUGGUGAGAUGAAGUUGCUCCACCAUGCGGAGCACGGUACUUAUCGUCUGCUAUUGCGACGUGAGCAGGUACACAAGGUCGUGUGCAAUCUGCUUCUGACCUCGGAUCUGGAGUUCCGUGAGCUUAACUCAUCGGACCGGGCUUGGGUGUGGGCUGGCAUGAACUACGCCGAGGCAGAUAGUCCCGAGGUUGAACAGCUUGCAGUGAGGUUCAAAACGCCUGAGCUAGCCUCACAGUUCAAAGAAGCGGUGGACAAAGCCCAACAGGCCCUCGCCGAAAAGCAGAUGCAAGACAUUCAGAAUGCAGCAUACGACAGCGGUGAGGAGGAUUAUCCGGAGGGCGGUGAAUACGACGAGGAUGAAGAAGAGGAAAACGAUGAAGAGGAGGACGAAGAGGAUGAAGACCAGGUGACGAUGUUUGAGAAGCGAGCAACGGUGUAUGCGCAAAACGAGGGCGAAGUUGGCUGGAAGCAUGUAGCAAUGGGCAACCUCAAGGUCCUCUAUGACUCGUCCUUUUUCGGAGUCAAAAUCGUUGUCGAGAAUGAUAACAACGAGCUAGCUAGCGAAACGGUCAUCAGUGUCGACACCACUAUGCAGUACAAUGAAAAAGAAUGCACGUGGGCAGCAAUUGACUAUGCAGUGGAGCCUCAAGUGCGACGCACUUUAAGGGCUGUUUUUUCGUCAAGCCAGACCGCCGAGCAAAUGUACCAAACCUUCCAAGAAGGACUAGAAUGUGCCACAAAAGCGGAUAUUCGAGAAUAAAUCGUUUGUUUGCUUUCGUCAAAAUAGGAAAAGAAAUCACGCGAACAAUUCGAUUUUUUAAAAGAAUUUUUGGAAUUAUUAGUGUAUAAACAAAACUAUAGCGUUUUUACGUAAAAAAUAGAACGACGAACAAUCCUAGAAUUUUUAAAGUUCAAGAGGAGCUGUAAUGAUUAUAUUUACCUUUGUUCGUCUGUUUUUAGUUAUUUUUUCAACUCUUGUAAUUAUAAUGAUCCUGUAAAUGAAAGAAACGAAAAGAAGCUAGUGCAACUAAUUUUAGGAGGAGUGAUUUUUUUUUUCGUUUCGUUUUUUCUUGUUUUUUAAGUAUGCAAUCUUGCGGCGAUUCCCUGGCUAUGAGCAAUGCGGUCUCGCGCGUAAAACGCCAAUCAUGUAGUUCAAAGAUCAGCCAUCUAUUUUUGUGUAAAUUGGCUUGUGAUAAUGAUUAUUAUUAUUAUAAACCAAAUUUUAUUUAUAAAUAGAAUUAAAAAAUGACUCCAUCUAAGUACUUUAAUUUGUAAACUUGUCUUAUAUCUUAAGAUCUAAACUUACAUUUUGAUUAGAAAUCAUUCAAUAAAAAAAUAUUUCCUAAGUUAUACAA